AUGAUUGAUAACGUAUCAUCAGUGGAUAAUUUAGAUUUCAUUAUGGAGAGCGAAGCAUUUGCUCACGCUGACAUGAGAGUCUGGUUACUGUCGCUGGCACAGUUAUCCUCGAGGAGGUCAAUUCUAUUGGUGCAAAAGUGUUGGGAGUUCAUCUCUAAUUAUGGAAAAUCAUAUGCACCGCUUUCAGCAGGAAUCGUUGCUUGUGUUCCAAAGAAAGUGCACGUUGAUGGAAUUGAGGCAAAGCCUGAGCUUGAGGUGCCUAAAGAAUUAAUCUCCUCAGAACAGCUCCAGAAAUCAAAAUUGCAGCGAAGCCCAUCCUUUGUUCCCGUAGGCCAAGAAACGAGCACGACAAAAAUAUAUGAGGAGGAUACAACCACGUCUUUCUAA